AUGGCUGCAUGCGUGGCAGUAAUUUCCGAUACUAACCAAUUGCUUUACUUGAGAACUGCUGAGUGUCCUGACCCUUUGUUCUACCACUUCAAAGCACAUUCUGCUUUGGAUGUUAUCGAAGAUAAAUUAUCCAAACGUACUUCUGGUGGUAAUCAUGAUCAACUAGAACAGUAUCUAGGACUCCUAUAUCCAAUGGAGGACCACAGAAUUUAUGGUUAUGUGACUAAUACAAAGAUCAAGUUUAUCAUGAUUUUUGAGUCACAUGUUUUAUCUUCUCAAUCAACCCAGUCCGGUGUAUCAGUUCAUCAGACGCAUCUUCGAGAUGUUGAUGUUCGAGCAAUGUUUCAACGUCUGCAUACCGCUUAUGUUGCUUUAGUAUGUUCACCGUUUUAUAAGUCAGGAACACCUAUUCAACCAGAUAAAUUAUCAGCUUCACAUCGAUUUGAUCAAUGUAUUUCUUCACUUCUAGCUACAAAUGCUAGUUCUGGUUAUUGUUCUACAUUUACUAAUCUAAUUGAUGAAAGAAAAAUACCUACUAGUGAUAGUAUAACAACAACAAAUAUAAUGUCUCCUAAAGCCUAA